AUGAGCACAACACAACUGUUCAGUUUACCCAACGAACUUUUUCCAUACAUCUUCCAGUACCUAUCCUCUUCACAACUAGUCGAAUUACUCGCAGAUAUUCAAUCUCGUCGAUUGCAAGCUCUGAUCCAUUCAUUUAUAACCAAUCUCGACAUCUCUAAAAAAUCUGACCAAUGGCUCCAGUACUAUCUCCCACGAAUCUUCUCUAAUUCAAAUCUCAACGCACUUCGUCUACAAGACAGACACAUUCCAUCAUUUUACAGUGAUUUCUCAUCAUCAAACAUACAAUCCAUACAGGUCAUUAGUUCAGACUGGACAACUGAUCUGCUAAAACAAGGAUUGAACUACAUUCGACAACAUCAUUAUCUCAAACAACUGUCAAUUGUUUUUACAUGUCUUCAUGGGAAAGGAGAUGUGGCCAAUGACUUAUUUCGACGUGAUUCACAAUUUCAGCAUCUCAUCGUCACUGGUCGCUUCCUUUAUUUUGACUUGAAAGAAAUCGAGCAAUGCAAUCAGCUGAAAUCUCUGUCGAUUGAACUAGAAGGAAUGCAUCGAGUGUUUAUGUUGAUCCAAAACCUGCCUAAUUUACAAGAACUUAAGGUCAAGCUUCGGACAGAAGAACGUCUAGUGCAGCCCAAAUUCACUUGCGAAGACAACUCGCGCCUCGCCAAUAAACUUCAAAGUGUCAGUUUCACAGGUGCAAGCAAAUAUUUUGAUCAUAUCGAACAGUUUUUCACUUGUGUCGGAAUGGCUAUUGAAUAUCUUUGCAUUAGCAUCGAUCUGAUCUAUUAUAUCAUUGAUGGCAAACGUUUUCAACAGAAUGUGUUGAUGAAGAUGCCCCGCCUAUCAUCACUUGAUCUACUCAUUCAUUCGACACUCACUUAUUGUGAUCCAAUUGACAUCCAGACAUUCCGAAGCUCAUACUGGCAGCAGUUCAAUAGCAUCAUCUACUGGUAUGAUAUUCGUGCUCAUCAGCAUACAAUUUUCACUUUGCCAUACAAAUCUGAUCGAUUCAAACAUUUUUCAAAUAAUUUUCUUUCCUCAUGGACAUCAAACGAGCCAGUUUCACUUUGUUUUGAACGAGUUCGUUCAUUGUCAUUCAUCACCACAACCGCACUAAAAUGCGAAACAAUCGACUUCAUGGCAAAACACUUUCCAAAUCUCAAAACACUUGAAUUAACCGAUCCUGUUCAUUUGCCAGGAUCGGAAGAUGAAAAUGUCGACCGACAAGCAUUAAUUAUGCAAGAAGAUCUUCUUUUCGAUCGUACUUUACAGUUGCCAUCCAUAACAAAACUGUGUUUUGUGUCACAAUUACAACAUGAUGAUUAUGAUGUUUUUCGUCGUUUUCUUCAUCUUUUACCCAAUCUAACUCAUCUACGAAUGUACAUUGGUCGUUCAUUAUUCAGUCGAUUAUUAUUACAUGAAAAUGUAGAUGACUUUGUAGGAAAUGCAUUGGUGCGCAUUGGAUGUUUGGAAAUGGUUCGAUUUUAUGAUGAGAAGAAUGUUCUAAGCAAUGAAGAAAUUCGUAAUCUUUUUCCACAUGCAGAAAUUCAUUUUGACUAUGAUGAAGUUCGAUAA